GUAGAUCUUGUUGAAGCAGCGUUCUUUCUGUGUUCCUAUGAGCUCUCCAUCAAAUCUCUUUAUUCUCCGUGGUGCUUCCUGUUCGACGAGAACGACGCCAAGGUGCUGGAGUACAAGUCAGACCUGAAGCAGUACUGGAAGCGCUCUCAUGGUCACGCGAUCAGCGGUCUGUCCAGCUGUCCUCUCUUCCAUCACAUCUUCAGGACGCUCGACAAAGCUGGACGUCCCCGCAGGUCCACUGAGGCGUCGCCCGAGCCGGCUUCCAUCCUGCUGGGUCAUGCUGAGACGCUCCUCCCCCUCCUCUCCCUGCUGGGUCUCUACAAAGACCAGACUCCGCCCACCGCCAACAACUACCACUCCCAGCACGGAAGAAGUUUCCGAACCAGCCAGAUCGUCCCGUACGCUGCCAACCUGCUCUUCGUCCUGUACGACUGCCCGCGAGGCCCCCGGCUGCAGCUGCUCAUUAACGAGUCUCCGGUUAGAUUCCCGGGGCUAGAGGCGGAGGUCGCCCCGCUGUACCGGGACGUCCGGGCCACGUACCGCCACCUGCUGGACGGCUGCGACUUCCACAGGGAGUGUGAGGGGAGGAGCGGAGGUCGAGCACCGAACACUGAGCUCUGAGAGCGAUUUAACAGCAGCACGCCCUCUGCUGGUCAUCACCUCAGGAGACAAGACGCCUCAGUGAACUGACCUUUAACCUUUCCACCUCAACAAGGAAACAGUUUUACUUUGGAACUUUACGUUGUUUAUUUAUUCAGAUGUUUAUGAUCAUGUGACGGGUUUGUUUGAUUUUCUACUGAUUCUGAUUUGUUGAUGAUUUUACUUAUGGGAUGUCUGUCUGAGAGAAGAUUUUCACAAUAAAAGCUCUGGUUUGUCUAUGGUGAUGGAAACAAAUUAGUUUUGUCUUCAGGGUGAACAUUUUUUAAUUUUUUUUUAAAUGGUUUAAAGUGACGAUGCAGCUUUUUAUAAAUUGUCAUUUUUCAGAUUAUUUAAAAUGUG